AUGUCCAACCAGCCAGACCGAUACGAGAAGUUUGUGGUUCCUGAUGGAGUUAAGAAGGUUGCCUUUGAGCGAGACACCAAGAUUGCCAACGCGGGGACCUUCACUGUACAACGAGAGGACCACACCAUCGGUAACAUGAUCCGAACGCACCUCCACGAGGACCCACAUGUCAUCUUCUCCGGCUAUAAGAUUCCCCAUCCAUUGGAGUAUCGCAUGCUCAUCAAGGUGCAGACGGAUGGUCGGGAAACACCGGUGGCCGCCACUCAAAAGGCAGUCGACAAGCUCGUGGAGAAGGUCCGAUCCAUCCGAGAACAAUUUGUGGUAGGUAGUGGCGGACGUCUGCGGAGGAAGACAGUGAGGAGGAGCAGCCAUACAUGCUUGAUAUGCACCAGACGCUGGAUAGGUUACAUUGCCCUGAGUUUCCUCACACGUCGUGAAUUGCACCCCAUGGAGCAGGCGGAGGUGAGCAGGCAAGACCGAACGAACGACGGGAGGGACUACUGA